AUGCGCGUGAUUUCAGCAUUUCUUGUUUUGUUCGUGGUGUGUGCUCCUUUUAUUGCUGGUGCUCCAACUGGAAAGGAAUACGACGAUCUAAUAAGCUAUGAGAACGUGCAGACGAAAAAUGGAUAUCGAUUUUCCUACGAAACGAAGGAUGGCCAGGCACGGGAGGAAGUUGGUACAAUCGACCCCAGCACGGGUACGUUGACCGUAACCGGGUGGUACAGCUUCCGCACUCCAGAUGGCGCUACUCACCGAGUAGAUUUCAUUGCGGAUGAAAAAGGCUAUCGUACAACGGAUCAAGCUGAUAUUGAAGAUACAGAAUUCCAGAUGCCAGUCAUCGAGUCAGCUCCAAUUAAUAAUGCUUUGUUGCUGUCCCUGGUUGGUUAA